AUGACACAGCUGAAAGACAAGUUACGCGAACUGCGGGAGCUGACAGAAGCUUUAUAUCGAGAUUUUGGGCUCAAAUGCGAGUACACCCUCUCAGACACCAACCACGCCUUGUUGGCGCCAGAGUUCAAUAGCGUUCCCAAAGAGGCUGACACUACGGGCUCCUCAGUGGAUGAAACUUCUGUGAUUGAGUCGACUUUCAAGACAAUUGAGAUCGACCCUUCGGACUCGCACGAAGUGGACGAGUACCUUGUUCAAUGCUUUGACGAAUUCCAGCAGAUUCCAUGCAAGUUACUGGCGAAGGCAUGGAUAAGGCUCAUCGAGCCUAAAAAACAGAGCAGGUAUCCUUACAAGCUUGGAGACCGGUCCAAGCCGUUGUGGUGGCCGGAGACUUGUCGCCACAAAGAACCAGACCAUUUGCGCAAGGAAGAGCGGAUUGACCUGCUGGUAUGCAUAGUGAAGAGUUUCCGGUUCCAAGCAAAAGACUUGAUCGCAACGGCAGAGUCUGUCGGAGAUUUCAGCAUAGCCCAUGGAGACCACACAAAAGUGAGCAGACUGAGUAGACGCAAGCUCGACAUACUUAUAGAGAUGUUUAAGGUUCUCAAUGCUGCUCCCGGUUCUGGACCGGUGACCGUGAGCAAGCCAGGCAAAAAAUAUUCCAGCAAGGUCUACACCAAAAAGGUGUUGCAACGCAAGCUGGAGUCUGAGCAGCGCGAAAAUAUUCCUCCGGAGAAGCAGAGUCUUCCACCAAAAACUCCAUCACCACGUAGGGUGCUGGGAGCGCCCCUGAUACCCUCUAAUAUGCGCCAGACCUCGACUCCUGAAAUGAGCUUCCAGAGUCCCAGUUUUGGGCACGAAAAUAUCGAGCCUAGCCUGGCAAGCCGAAACCCGCUUAGUCUUUUGACACCAAACAACUUCAAUCUGCUGCUCUUGUACGGGCCAUCGUCGACCGACUUUGGCGGGCUUUUCCAGGCCAACGAGAAUACGAGAUCCGCGCAGCGUGCAACGUAUUUCCAGAGAGUGGACCAAUUUGAUAGCGACGAAACAGUGAGUGACUGUUGA